UUGGCCCAGGCUGCGGAACUGCGCCAUCAAACAUUAUUCCGAUAUACCCAAAGGACACGGGCGAAACCAGAGAAGCCACCAUGGACACUGCAGGAAAGACAAUCACAUGCCGGGCAGCCAUUGCCUGGAAAGAAAAGUCUCCUCUUAAAAUUGAAGAAGUGCAGGUUGAGCCACCGAAAUCUGGAGAAGUUCGCAUUAAGAUGGCUUCUACAGGGAUCUGUGGCACCGAUGACCACGUGCUGAAAGGAGACCUCUCGAUGAAAUACCCUUUAAUUCCAGGUCAUGAGGGAGCAGGAAUUGUGGAGUCUGUUGGCGAUGGGGUUUGCUCUGUGAAACCAGGAGAUAAAGUCCUCACGCUCAUUGUUCCACAGUGUGGAGAAUGUGAUGCCUGCUUGCACUGCUUAGGAAACUUCUGUGACAAGCAAGAUGUUCUCCCGUGUUCUGGGGUGAUGAUGGAUGGAACCUCGAGAUUUUCCUACCGAGGACAGACGGUUUAUCAUUCCUUCCGCACGAGCACAUUCACCGAGUACACUGUUGUGCCCGAGUUCGCUGUGGUAAAAAUUGAUGAUGUGGCUCCAUUGGAUAAAGUUUGUCUCAUAAGCUGUGGCGUCCCUACAGGCUACGGAGCUGCUGUUAACUCAGCCAAGGUCACCCCUGGCUCCACCUGCGUGGUUUUUGGACUCGGAGGGGUCGGCUCAGCCAUUGUCAUGGGCUGCAAAGCUUCUGGUGCUUCUCGAAUCAUCGGGGUUGACAUCAAUGAGCAGAAGUUUCCCAAGGCAAGAGCCUUGGGUGUUACUGAUUGUCUCAACCCUACAAAGCUCCAGAAGCCUGUCCACGAGGUGGUGAUGGAAAUGACAGGUGUCGGUACUAACUUUGCCUUUGAGGCCGUCGGAAAGAUUGAAACCAUGCUCGCUGCUUGGAACUCCUGCAACAGCAGCUACGGGGUCUGUCUGAUCGUCGGGGUGGCUCCAGUAAAUGCACAGCUGUGCCUUCAGGCGGUCUCGAUGGUGACCGGAAAAACCCUGAAGGGCGUGUGUCUGGGAGAUUAUAAGACCAAAGACUGUAUUCCCCAGCUAGUAACUGACUAUCUCCAAAACAAGAUUAACAUUGAUCCACUAGUGACCCAUCAGCUGCCUUUUAACGAACUCCACAAAGCCAUGAAACUGUAUCAUAAAGGAAAAACCAUCCGCUGUGUUCUACUCUUCUAAGAUCUCAAUGCUGAAAGCGCAAGAGCAUCCCGAAUGGCUUUCCUUCCUUUCCUGUUUCAACUCUGAUUAUCCCCGAGCUGCCGGAAGAGACGGUGCAUCAGUGGCAGGAAGACAGUGUAGCUGUCUUUCGUGAAAUGAGGGCCUCUUGGCCAUACUGAUAAUAAAAUAAGUUGGGAGAACUGGUGUGCAGCUCACACUGUGACCUUAAAAAGAGAAGUGAUCGCAUUUGAUUCGUGAUAGUAUUGAUUAUGUCCACAACCCAUCUGAUCGCGGCCAUAAGUUCAUGAAAGCUGUCUCCGUGUUCACAUGUUCCAGAUGCCUUCAUCUGUGUAGCUCUCCCUGCGUCUUCCACACCGUUCUUGAGCUGACAUAAUGAUCCUUCUGCUUUCCCAACAUGCUGUGGUGAAGUCAUCAAUGAAGGGCCCCCUCAGAUGCAGUGAGCCAUUUUCUGUCCUUCAGGAUUUAUGUCAACCAUUGCUCUUACUCGUGAAAUAGUGAGGCGUGGCUCCUAGCUGCAUAUUUGGAAAUUUUUACAACUUAGAACCGAGGGAGAAGGUAGAGGAUCUUCCCAGAGAAGCUUGGUCACAUCCCUAGCACCCCACUCCCUAAUUCCACCAAGCAUUUUCUCAUCCACAACUUUAAUGUAGUCUUCUCAUUUAAAGCUGAGAGACAGAGGAGAGGGAACGAGGCUUAGCUCUUCUUAUUCUUGACUUUUCCCUCAUGCUUUAUACUCUUACCUUUGGGUUUUGAAACAUGAGGAAAAUUCUUUCGUAUUCUCCUUCACUCUGUUCUGAUCCUGCUAGUUUUUAACUGGAAUCCACCACUUCGUAGAGAAAGGGGAUUAUGCAUGUUACUGUAUUCUUAAGUUUUCAAAACACUGUUUAAAUUGCACUGUUUCUUUGUUUCUAAAUUUUAAAAAAUUAGUCUUAAAAGUACUAAAAUGAUCUUUCAGAAGAGGCAUCUAAAUGUGUUCCUAAUUUUAUUUCUGGGCUUAGAUUUUUCUAAUCAAUUUUUUAAAAGCUGGUGACAAAUCUGAUUGAACAAUAGUGGGGAAAAUGUUGGUGAUGUAAAACAAAUAUGUAUGGAAGAUAUUAUGUAUUCUAUAAAAAUGGUAAUAGAUGAAUGCCUUAAUAUGUAAAGAAUGUUUAUAAAUUAAUAAAUAUGUGAUAAAUAUCCCAGUAGAAAAUUAACUUGCCAGAAACAAGUAUCUUGCCAAAUAAAAAUUACUAAAUAAUGGUCUGGUGAGAUGACUUAGUGGGUAAAGGCGAUUGCUGGGAAAGUCUAGCAACAUGAGUUCUGUCUCUGGGACCCAUGUAAAGAUGGGAAAAGAAUCUGAGUGGACCAAGUUGGCUCCGCCCCUCCUCCACAUGCUGUGGCAGAAGCACGCGCACACAUACUGAGUGCUCAAACACACAUACACAAAAACAAUUGUUUUGGAAAAGAAAGGGGAAUACUAAAUAAAGUAACGAGAAGAUUUCUCAUAUCAUCAGGUUGUCAAAACAUAAAACAAAUGACACUCUGUAAAUGUCAAUGUGUGGGACAAACACAAGAGGACGCAGUCACAACGGGCUGGGGAUGUCAAGAUGCUCGUGGAACAUGCCGUCACACCAUGACCUAGUCUAAAGUCUCCAUGAGAUCUCAGCAGAGUAGAAACUGGUCUGGCAGUGAACAAGAACUCAGAGCAUUCUCUCGAAGUGGAAGAACCCAUGCAAAUGUUGAGAGACAGGAGACAGCAUGUCCAAACUUACUGUAGCAUGCUGAGAACAAGCAGAAUGGCUGUGUGGGAGACCAGAGAGAUAAGCAGCUAGACAAGAUGGUCUUAUGGACCUCUUUCUUCGGACAGUUACAUAAACAGAUUGUAUCACUUAAAAUUAGAAACAGCCAAGAUGUCCAGUUGUUGUUACUGAUGGGAUAAUGUUUUUUCCUUAAAUCAUGGUACGUGGGACAAUUUUUUCAAAUGAUGAAAUAUAUUACUAAGUUUUAAAGUGAACCACAACCCUAAGCUAGUUUACAAAUGCACACGCCUAUGGUGUCUUUUUGAUGUAAAGAAGUAAACAAACAAAUAAAUCUAGGAGUCUUCGCACUGAAAUGAUUAACUGUGGUUAUGUUAUGGUAAAAUUACGCUCAUCGUAAAGGAAAAUUGAGGUGUUUUAAGAAUACCUUGAUUGGAAA